AUGAGUGCUGUGUUUCUCCUGCUCUUGGUGUCCAUCGGGAAUGUUGGUGCUGUGCUGGAAAAGGGUCUGCCGAGACGGGAAGCGCGGCGCCUCUCGUGUGUGCGAUGCUGUGGGCCUUCGGAGCAGCCUGUCUCCAUCGUCUCCUCGAGAUACACAAGGAUGAGCAGUGACCCUGCCUAUUCGGUACCCAAAGUCCAGCCCACUAUAGACAUCACCAUCCUCAAAGGUGAGAAGGGUGAAAUGGGAGAGAAAGGGUACCCUGGAGCAGUUGGGAAGGAAGGAGAAAGAGGGCUACGUGGCUUUAAUGGACGGAAAGGACAAAAAGGCCAGCCUGGCCCACAAGGCCAUUCCUGUAAGCAGCUCUACGCUGCUUUCUCGGUGGGUCGGAAAAAAACCCUUCACAGCUCAGACUACUUCCAGCACGUCACUUUUGACACCGAGUUUGUGAACCUCUACAAGCACUUCAACAUGUUCUCAGGGAAGUUCUUCUGCUACGUGGCAGGAAUCUACUACUUCAGCCUCAAUGUCCAUACCUGGAACUUCAAGGAGACCUACCUGCACUUGAUGAAGAACGAGAAAGAGGUGGCCAUCCUCUAUGCCCAGCCCAGCGAUCGGAGCAUCAUGCAGAGCCAGAGCCUGAUGCUGGACCUGCAGGAAGGAGAGGAGGUCUGGGUGAGGAUGUUCAAGCGGGAGCGAGAAAAUGCCAUCUAUAGUGAGGAGUCUGAUGUUUACAUCAUCUUCAAUGGCCAUUUAAUCAAGCCAGCUGUAGAGUAG